AUGAUCUGGUUAGACAGUCUACCUAAUGAUUGGUGGAUACCAUAUCAAUCAACGACAAAGUUUUCGACUGAAUGCAUUCGAGAAGUAACUAUUGAAUUGUUAUUUGCUGUUCGAAAUCUCAUCAUUGAUACACGAACAUACGCACGUGCUUGUAAACGUGAUUGUCUUCGAGUAAAUGACUUUGAGAAUGCACUCGAGAAUCGAAAUAUUCGUCAUUCAUCACUUGAAAACCUUGAAAACGAUAUGCAAGAGAAGAAAUCUUGUGUCAUUUCUAUAUCAUCGUUGAUUCAAUCGAAUGAUCAACUACCACGAACGAUUAAGAAACUUCAAUUGACAAUGCACUGGUUAGCAAUCGAUGGACAACAACCGAUAACUUCAGAAAACCCAUUACCCAAUUUUUCUCAAGGUCAUUCAAAUCAUCGGCAACGCGAGAAAAAGACGUUAUCAACUGAGCUCAGCGAACAAUCUCCUAUGAUACAACAACUUUUUCAUUUAGCGAGUUCAACUCAAAUAAACCGCAAAGACUUACAUGAACAUGUUCAUCCGUUAACUAAGAAUAAUCUAACUAUUAAACCAAUUUGUCCUCUCAAUUUAUCUGCACGUCGUCUACCAAUUAACAACCAAACACCAACGAUACCAUCAUUUUCAUCAUUACUUGGCCAUGAAUUAAGUCUUGAGCAGCAAUUCUAUUUUAAAAUGCUGACUGAAUCAUAUUUAAAUGGCACUGAUCAACAACAAUCCAAUACAGUCCGUUGUCUUUCAUCUGAUGCUGCUCUUCAGCCACUUUUACCACGGUUACUCCUAUUCAUCUCUAAAGGUAUCGAAACAAAUGUUCAUUUACAUGAUUUCGAUUUUCUCUCUCGACUUUUAUCACUAUUAAUGAAUCUUCUAAACAAUCGAUUUCUUUCAUUCGAUAAAUAUCUUCAUACAAUCCUUCCGUCGUUAUUAACUUGUCUUAUUUGCAUUUUUGAGACACCAAAGCUUGAUAUGACAUCAUCUAUCAAUGAUUCAAUUAGUCACUCUAUGAUCUGGACUAUCCGAGAACAAGCCAGUAAUUUAAUUCAUCAUUUUCAACAGAAAUAUUCCUUUGUAUCUUGUCUUACCGAUCGGAUUACUUCUGUUAUUAAAUCCUUGUUUAUUAAUAACGAUGAGCGAAUAUCAUUUUCAAUUGUUUAUGCAUGUUGUCGGACACUAUUAUUGAUUGAUAUGGAACAGUAUCAUUCCUUUAUUAUUGAUACCUUACGAAAUGGCAGGAAGAUGUAUACGUUCGAAUCUGAUUGUGAUUUGGAUUAUACCAGUCAAGAAAGAAUAUUUCGAGAGAAAAUCAAUGAAUUACUUGUGAAAUAUAAUUUGAAUUUAGAAAAUGACUGA